AUGUUUUUCCAACGAACCGCCCUUGGCCUCGUCGGCGCCGCCUCCCUGGCUGCUGCCGUGCCUGCCAUCGACGUCCAGGGUUCCUUUUUCGUUAACAACGCCACCGGCGCCCGAUACCAAAUCGUUGGUGUCGCCUACCAGCCCGGUGGCUCUGCCGGAUACAACCCAGGCUCUGGCGUCGACCCCCUUAGCAACAAGGACGAGUGUCUUCGCGAUGCAGCUCUCAUGCAGAUCCUCGGCGUCAACGCCAUUCGGGUCUACAACAUUGACCCCGACGUGAACCACGACGAGUGCGCCUCGAUCUUCAAUGCGGCUGGCAUGUACAUGUUCCUGGACGUGAACUCUCCCCUUCCGGGCGAAAGCAUUAGCUCUGCUGCACCCUGGGAGUCUUACUACGCCGGCUACCUGAACAGGACUUUCGCCGUCGUCGAGGCCUUCAAGAACUACCCCAACACGGCCGCGUUCUUCAGCGGAAACGAGGUCAUCUUCGACGAAGACAACGGCGCUACCGUUCCUCCGUACAUUCGUGCCGUCACCCGUGACCUCAAGAACUACAUCGCCAAGAACGCCGAUCGUGCUAUCCCCGUCGGUUACAGCGCUGCCGACGUCCGUUCCAUCCUCUUCGACUCGUGGGAGUAUCUGCAGUGCGAGGAUGAGGAGGACGAGAAGAGCCGCGUCGACCUGUUCGCACUUAACAGCUACUCGUGGUGCGGCAACAGCACCUUCACCGAGUCGGGCUACGACCAGCUUGUGGCUGGGUUCGAGGGCACCUCUGUUCCCAUCUUCUUCUCCGAGUUCGGCUGCAACACACCUUCCCCUCGUGUCUUCACCGAGGUGCCAGAGAUCUACAGUGAUGAGAUGCAGAACGUUUUCAGCGGUGGCAUCGUCUACGAGUACGCGCAGGAGGACAACAACUAUGGCCUUGUCAACAUCAGCUCCGAUGGCUCUGCCUCGAUCAUGUCCGACUACUACUCCCUGAAGGAGCAAUACGCUGGCCUGAACUUCACCACCAUCCAGGGCAUUGCCCCGUCCACGAAGAGCACUUCUGCGCCCAAGUGCAGUGAGAAGUUGAUCACAACUAAGGGCUUCACCUCCAACUUCACCAUCCCUGCUCUCCCACCCAACGCCUCGGCCCUCAUCGAGAACGGUAUCAGCCCCAAGCCGGUCGGAAAGAUCGUCAAGAUUGAUGACUACUCCGUUACGGUCACCGUCAAGGACAACGACGGAAAGGUUAUUUCUGACCUUGCCGUCGCCCCGCUCGGCGAGAACGAGAUCAACUCGCCCGGUGCUAACACCAAGACCCUCUCUGGCUCUGGAAGCUCCUCCUCUACUGGCACCAGCUCGAGCUCGAGCUCCUCCGCUUCCGCCUCGUCCUCUGAGAGCGCGGCUGCUGGCAUGCGAUCCGCUCAGGCUGGUUCGAUGGCGUGGGUUAUGGUCUCUACCACCGUCGCGGCCAGCUUCCUCAUUGGAUUCCUGGGCUAG